AAUUCACUCAUUGGACUAGUUUUCAAGCGUUUUGUAGAGGUGUAGCUGUUUGGACCAGAAGGAUGAAUAAGGUGGUUUUGGUAACAGGAGCCAAUAGUGGCAUUGGUCUGGCCCUCUGUGAGCGUCUGCUGUCUGAGGACACAGGGGGGCUCCAGCUGUGUUUAGCCUGCAGGAACAUGUGCAGGGCUCAGGCCGCCCGCUCGGCCCUGCUCACCUCUCACCCCACGGCCCGCGUGGCUCUGCUGCAGAUGGACACCAGCAGCAUCUCCUCAGUCCUCAGCGCCGCACAGGAGGUCAGACUCAGGUAUAACAGACUGGACUACCUCUACCUGAACGCAGGCAUCAUGCCAAACCCACAGUUUGACGUACAAGCUUUUUUCAAAGGCCUCUUCUCCAGUAAAAUCAUUACCAUGUUUGCUACCGGAGAGGGGAUUUUGACCCAGAAGGACAGUGUCACCCCUGAUGGCCUGCAGGAAGUUUUUGCAACCAACCUCUUUGGUCACUUCUUAUUAGUCAGGGAGCUGGAGCCAGUCCUGUGCCAAGCAGGCCAGACGUCGCAGCUGAUCUGGACCUCUUCCAGUAACGCUCACCGCUCAGCUUUUGACCUUGAAGACAUUCAACACCAGAGAGGCUCCCAACCCUACAGCUCCUCCAAAUACGCCUCUGACCUGCUCAGCCUGGCGCUCAACACACACUACAACAAACAGGGUUUGUACUCCUCUGUGAUUUGUCCCGGUUUUGUGAUGACAAACCUGACGUAUGGCAUCCUGCCCUCUUUCCCAGCCUUCCUCUGGACAUUGCUCAUGCCUGUCUUUUGGCUUAUAAGAAUGUUCACCAAUACUUUCACCCUGAUGCCUUAUAACGGAGCCGAAGCCCUGUUUUGGCUGUUCAAACAAAAGCCAGAAUCACUGGACCCACAAGCCAAGUACCACAGCUUAACAUCUGGACUGGGCCACACAUACACACAACCACGAAAGAUGGAUAUCGAUUUGGAAACAUCACAAGCAUUGUAUGAGAAACUACUGCAACUAGAAAGUGAAGUUAGGAAGAAACACAAAGCAUCCCAGCAUGUCCACUGUAGUCCUGCAGGACCCGGAUCAUGUUGACAUAUCACAGAGAGUUUUGUGUUAACUGGGGAAGUCUGGCACACUGGCAGAAACCGAUCCUCUGGCUGAAACACAUCCUGGAAUCAAAGACCAAGUUUGAAGUGUGGUUUUCUCUUUUCCUAUUGUUUACAUCAGGAGGAAAAUAAAGUGUCUGCUUAACUCUGUCCUGGAAUGGUGCAUGUUGUUGUAGUUUUGAAGAAAGUUAAAUAAACCCAAGUAUGUCCUGGUC